AUGACUAACGACUUUGAAACGGAGGUCAGGCGUUCCUCUACUUUCUACUUUCUGCUCUCAGACCACAGCAAACAAGGUACUCCUCUCUGUUGUCCACAAUGCUCGCCUGCAUAUUCCAUGCUCGCCUUUCCAGUUCCCUCUGCCUCUGCCUGCAUUGUGUUGUGUUGCAUGUGCGUGCUGCGGGUGCGAGCCAUGGCCUCGCUCCACCGCGUGCAUCUGAAUGUGGAGACGAGCAAGCAGGAGCAGAUCCUGGUCUACGAGUUCAUAGGCAAUAGGGACCUCGAGUACCAUAUUCACAAGACCAAGCGUGAGUUGCACUGGCGUGAGCUGCACUGGCGUGAGUUGCACUGGCGUGAGUUGCACUGGCAAGAUGGCGAAAUGGUUGCCAUGCAUUUGCUUUUUUCUGCACGUGGAGCAGCAGAGGGCCUGGCGUACCUGCAUGGGUUUGACACACCCAUCGUUCACCGCGACAUCAAGCCAGCAAACAUCCUUGUAACGGCCGACAUGCAAGCCAAGGUGGCUGACUUUGGGCUGCUCAAGCGCCUCACUCACGGCGAUGCUGACGCCACGCGGGUGGUCGGCACUCCGGCCUAUGUGGACCCGGAUUACAACCGCACCGGCGUCAUCACGGCCAAGAGCGAUGUGUUCAGCUUUGGAAUCAUGCUUCUUCAGUUGCUGACUGGAAAAUCAACCCAAUUUGACGCUGACAAAAAAACACAUAUAAGCAAAUGGGCAAUGAAGAUGGUGGAGGUGUAUGAGCUAGAGGAGCUGAGGGACAGCAAGAUGCCAAUGGCCAGUGAGGAGGCAAUAGUGGACUUUGCAGACCUCACUCUGGACUGCAUCAAGUCUCCCGGCACACGGCGACCCACCAUGAAGGAUGUGGCAUACCGCCUCAGUGCCCUCAUUGCCAAGCACUGCACCAACAAGGAGGACGAGUGGGAAAGCGUCGCGAGAGAAGACAGUGCAGGCAGCGAGGGUGCGUCUUCAAGGGAUGUUUCUGCUCUGUCGUUUGGAGAUGGUGGGAGGGAGCCUUAG